AUGCUAGAAGCACAAGUCGUAGUGAUCCCAAAGCCAGGUAAACCCCCUACAACGCUCGCUAACUUCCGCCCAAUCUCCCUUCUUAACAUAGACAUCAAACUUUAUGCUAAAAUAUUGGCCACCCGUAUUAACUCUAUACUCCCGUCAAUCAUACAUAUUAAUCAGGCCGGUUUCACUCCUCUUAGAGAGGCUAAAGACAAUACGACCAAAAUUCUAUUGUUAAUGGAACAUGCAGUUAACAACCACAUCCCCUCCGUGUUCAUCUCCAGGGAUGCAGAGAAAGCCUUUGAUAGGCUAAACUGGCAAUUUCUGAAAGAGACACUCACACAAUUUGGCUUCGACCCAACUUUCACAGGAAAAAUAUUCUCCCUUUACAACAGCCCCCAAGCCAAAAUAAAAUUGAAUGAUACCUUGUCCCAGCCAUUUUCAAUCACAAACGGUUGUAUUAAAGGUGAAACUUUGAUUUACAUGCAAGUGGGCACUCUUAUUUUUACCCUUAUUCCAAUCUCUGAGUUCUUUAAUGACAUCACUGUGUUGGAAUUAAAUGACGUUUGCAUAGAGGAACUGGAGAAAUGGAGAAAUACUCAUGACGACGCCUAUGAUUGGUCUCACACAUUCAAGUUUAUGGCAGAACUGGAAGGCAAAGGUGAGGAGUGGAAGACAAAACAAGAAGGACUUAAAACGACAAUUAAACGAAUUCUGAAAUGUGAUUUCACCAAAGAAAACCUAACUGACCCAGUAACCCUUCCAAAAGUUGACUGUAUAUAUCUUGGUUGUUUGCUGGAAGCUAUCUGCAAAGACCGAGAUGAUUAUUUCAGGAGCCUGAAGAAGAUCUCUAUGUGGCUAAAACCAGGUGGUCAUCUGAUAUUAUUUGUUUUGUUAAAUGGCUCAUUUUACACAAUAGGGGAACACCGCUUCCACAUUCUGAAUCUGGAUGAAGAGUUUAUAAGAAAAGCUCUCGGGGACAUAGGAUGCAGGAUUGAAACCAUGGAGAUGGUGGAAAGGAAAUCAAACCAUGAGGCUUUAUAUUAUGACCACAUGACACUUGUAACUGCCGUAAUGCAAUGAGAUGUUUAAAUGCACAUUAACCUGUAUAGCAGUGUGUCCUAUCAGUGCUGGGUGAGAUAGAAAUAUAUGUGCAACUGUCCU